GUUGGCGAGGGAGGAGCGGCGAGCGCCUCUGGCAGCGCGCCGGGGGAGCCCGGCGAGGGGCCGGCUCGGCUCGGCUCGGCGGGUGCUGCGCUCACGCCCCAGCGCCUGACAGCGGGCGGGCGCCACCAUGAGCGGCUCCGGCUCUGCCUCGCACUGCGAGACCCAAGAGCCGCUGUCGGCCGAGGAGAGCCCGGCCAUCAGCGCCGUCAUGUUCUCCGCCGGGCUGCUGGGCAACCUGACGGCGCUGGCGCUGCUGGCCCGGCGCCGGCUGGGGCGGCGCGGCCGCCCGCUCUCCCUCUUCCACGUGCUGGUGACCGUCCUGGUGCUCACCGACCUGCUGGGCACCUGCCUGGUCAGCCCCGUGGUGCUGGUCUCCUACGGCCGCAACCGCACGCUGGUGGCGCUGGCCGAGGACCGGCGGCUGUGCCUCUACUUCGCCUUCGCCAUGAGCUUCUUCGGCCUGGCCACCAUGCUGGUGCUGUUCGCCAUGGCGCUGGAGCGCUGCCUGGCGCUGGGCCAGCCCUACCUCUACGAGCGCUUCGUCCGCCGCCGCUCGGCGCUGCUGCUGGCCCUGCUGGCCCUCUACGCCUUCGCCGCCGCCUUCUGCGCCCUGCCGCUGCUGGGCUUCGACCGCUACGUGCAGUACUGCCCGGGCACCUGGUGCUUCAUCCAGAUGCGCGCCGCCCAGGGCCCCGGCGGCGGCGGCGCCACCUACUCGCUGCUCUACGCCACGCUGCUGCUGCUGCUCAUCCUGGCCGUGCUGCUCUGCAACCUGAGCGUCACCCGCAGCCUGGUGGGCAUGCACCGCCGCGGGCAGACCUCGCGCCGCCUGGCCUCGCUGGAGCAGCCCGCCGGGCGCCGCAGGCUCUCCAUGUCCGAGGAGGUGGAUCACCUCAUCCUCCUGGCCAUCAUGACCAUCACCUUCAUCGUCUGCUCCCUGCCUUUCACGAUUGAUGCCUAUGUGAACAAGUUUAUGGAAAUCCAAGACGAUAAGAGGGACCUUCUAGCGCUGAGGUUCUUAGCAAUUAAUCCAAUUAUUGACCCUUGGGUCUUUGUCAUCCUUAGACCUUCAGUGCUGAGGGUAAUCCGUUCUGUACUGUGCUGUCAGAUGUCCCUGAAGAGCCAAGACAACAUGCAGACGACGACUCCUGCUGCAGAGUCAAAAUCCAAUAAACAGAUUGACCUUUGCGGGCAGUAAUCCCAGUCGCUUUCAGUGGAGACAUCUGGAAGAUCAUGCUAAAAUGGCUCCUCAGGGUCACGAACAAACUUAGAAGUAUAAACACGAUGGGAAGCUGUGCUUUUUAGGUUAAUAAACAAAUCCAUUUACUGUACAAUGGAUUGAGCUGCAGUCUGGCUGACGAGAUACUGCAGGAUUUGUCAAAAAGCAGAAGGGAAGUCCAUCUACAAUGAGUAUUUUCUACUUAUGGGACAGCAUCCUAGAGGCUAAUCAAUAACUGGAUUUCUGUUGCCACUAGACAGGAACUUUCAUGUUGAACUAAAGACGUGUGCUGCACUCUAGUGCGUUUGAAACGCUAAAAAGAUAGUGGCUAUUUACUGUAAGUCUCGGAGAUAAAUGUUUUCUGGAACACUAUGCCUUGUGAUGCGGUUUGGUGGGGAGACACAGAAGAGCUAAUAAUAUUGCUUUGGCUUAUUGGUUUGUUGCGAAACCCACCAAGUCCUUAUUAGCUUCGUGGAGGCUUAACUAACCAUUUAUCUAACUACUGAAACGGAAGUCUUUAGACCCCCGUGUAUUUCUGUCUCCGAGAUAUCUGUAUUGCCAUGUGCCUUCGUAUAACUACAGUCUUGCCCUGGGGUGGGAGGGGAGGGCAGGAAGGCUAAAGCUAGUUCCGCUUCUUGUCGCUCUAUUUUCCAAGUGCCGUACAGGUCGGGGAAGAAAAGCCAGCUGGCUUCCUCGUUUGGGGCCACAGCUGUUAGGAGGGGCAGAAGCAGGGUUCCAGCUCUCUGCUCCAGAAUCCUGAGUUUUCGAGUGGCACUCCAUGGGUAGGGUCAUGCUUAAUGGUGGGCAAAUGUCAACUGAGCUCCCCCGGUGUUGGAGCACUCAGCCCGUGCCCCACACCUCCUCAACAAC